CCAACAUCUGGGAUUGACUUCUUCCUGAAGAACAUCAGUGUUGGCUAUUAUAAAAACGUUAACCUACAUUUAUGGGAUGUCGGUGGUCUAGCGCUACAUGGAAACAUGUUGGACAAAUACGUUUUCGGCGCUCAUAUCAUUCUUUUAGUCUACGAUGUUACGAAUAGUUUCAGUUUUGAAGUUUUGGAAGAAUGGAUAGAUAAAAUCAGAAAAUUAAGCAGUAAUUAUGAGGAAACACCAUUGAUGGCUGUAGUUGGCAAUAAAUGCGAUAUGGAACAUCAGAGGACGGUAAAAAAAGAUCGAACACACAAAUUUGCCGCAGACAAUGGAUUUCCGUCUCAUGAUGUUUCCGCUAGAACUGGUGAAGCGGUUUCUUUAUGCAUAGUGACUUUAGCUGCGCAAAUCUUGGGUGUUCGAUUAACGAAAACAGAUCAAGACUAUCACAAACCUAUAAUAAUUGCGGAAAUAGGUGACACAGUAGACAUGAACACGGUUCAAAAAGUUGUGAAAAGAAUUCCCACAAAGAGACAUACUCAAAUUCCUUUUCAUCCCCAUUUUCCUAGCUCGAAAUCAGCAGUUUGCGUGUUACAGUGAAAAUUAUCACAACUAGAAGUGAUUUUUAUAAUACAAUAUUUUUUUCACGCACAGUUAGAUUUUGUACAAAAUAGAAUAGAAACGAAAAACAUGAAUGACGUGUACAUAAGAUGUUUGAGCAAAUAUUUUUCGCUACUUUCUUACUAUUUCUUAUUACAUAACAUAAGAGUUCACAAUAUUACUUUGAGGGGCCAAUACAAUAAACCACUAGUGUCUUCUUCAUAGAUUUAAAAACAAAUUUAUUUAUCGAUAAGAUCUUACUACUUAGGAUAAUAUGGAUCAACGUAACAAACGUUGUUAAAAAUACUUUUACAAUAAUAGUAAUAUUAUUCAUUAUAAUGAUGUACAUAUACUGUUGAUUGAAUAUAUGCUAUGAAUUUGUAUUCAAAUCUUUGAUGAUUUUAUAAAUGCUUAUGGAAAGAUUCUUUAAUAUUGAAAAUUAUUAGUUAAGAAAUCAUGAUAUAAGAAAAGUUCUGUAAUUGAUUAUAAAUAUUGUAAGAUUAAGUAAAAUAUUAUAACAGUUUAAAGAUCGAGAGAAAAAUUAUUCGAUCGUUAAAGAAAUUGUAGAUGUAUUUCUAUUUUUAUAAACUAUUGAUUCACUGA